AUGAGCCUCUGGUUAAACCGCUCAUGCCCGACAUGGGAGCUUGGAAUUGCUCACCAUACGGAACCCUCCGCUUCGAACACGGCGUUGUAUCUCACCGCAACAUCUAUAUCCACCGAGGCCGGUGACGAGGCUGGCAUAACACCGGUGGCCAAAGCGAGUCCGCCGAAAGAAGCUCCCGACCCGGCAGCGGGCAAAGCACCAGCAAAAGUUGAGCCCCAAGCGGCGGAAGUGUCUCAGAUCAUUGCGAAUCCUUUCGGAGUUGGAAAACCAGCUGCCCCCCCUUCUCCGCAAGAGGAGAACUCUAAUAUUGCUGCCCUUAUGCCAGUCCCAGGCCUCAACAACCAAGCCGCCACCGCCGUUCCAGCAGCCGCGGCUAAUGCUAUAGCGAACGUCGUCAUCAGUUCUACGAACGCCCAAGGUAGCAUCCUCGUCGCGACAUCCCAAGUACCUGGCGUGAUCGUCACAUCCACGAACGCUCAAGACUCACAAGUUGUCACAACAAUACCUGUCGUCUCACCGCAAGCCCUUGAUAAUACGCCGGAGCCCGCUCCGGUUGUUGUGAAUGGGCAUACCCUCACCACAGACUCACAGUCACACUACGUAAUCGCUGGCCAGAUCCUCUCAGCUGACACACCUCUCGUCCUCGGCUCUGGCGCCUCCACUACGCCCGUCAUACUGCAAACAUCAGGCAUCCACCCCGUGCUCGUUAUAGGCUCGAGCACCACAACACUGAAUCUGCCGACUUCGACUCCUACCACAACCACACCUCUAGCGAUUACGAUCGGCACGCAAACAAUAACAGCCAAUGCGCAGGGCCAGUAUCUCAUAGGCAGUCAAACGCUAACGCCUGGUGGCGAGAUCGUCGUGGGUGGUACAACGGCGCCAGGAGGAACGGUUGCGGUAGGUGGGACUACGGUUUCGUUAGCGCCGAGCGCGACGCAAGCUGUGGUUGGGACGAGUACGGAGGGAUUGGCGCCUUAUAUAGUAGGCGGGCUGGGUACGGGACCAAACGGUACGGGGGCGGUACAAUUCUUUGGUGUCGCGGGGGCCAAAGUCAAGUGCUGGGGGUCGAGAUAUCUCGUUGGGAUGUUUGCUGGGGUCGCGGGAAUAUCAUGGUUGUUUUGA